AUGAGUGUGGUUAUGGAAGAUGGUACUAAGUCCACUAAGAUAACUGAUAUUCAUGAUACUUUUGUCCAGUUCUAUACCAAGCUGUUUGAUACCCCUAUCUCGGGGGAGUACAAUGGUCUUGAGCGCAUUAAAUCUUUGGUGAAUAAAAAGGGUAGAAGAAUCUCGGACAACAUCUUUCUGUCCCAAGAGAUUAUGAGGGGUUACCACCGGAGUUCUAAAACUCCGAAGUGCGCUAUGAAGGUGGACAUCAUGAAAGCCUACGAUACUGUGAGAUGGGAGUUUAUUAUUGAUAUCCUCACUGCUAUGAACUUUCCUCCUUGCAUGAUAAAUUGGAUCAAUGCUUGUAUGACUAGUCCUUCUUUCUCUAUUUGCAUUAAUGGUAGUCUUCAUGGAGGGGAUCCGGGGACUGUUAGUCUCAUCAUGCAAGGUUUGGAGGAAUUCAGGAAAUUGUCCGGUCUCACUCCUAAUCCUAAUAAGAGUAAUAUUUUUUUUUCCGGAUGUAGUAGUGAGCUUAAAGCUAACAUUUUGCAAAUUGCCAAAUUCACUGAGGGCUCCCUCCCUGUGAAAUACUUGGGUGUGCCUUUGAUCACCACUAAGCUUAGAGCGUCUGAUUGCCAAACUUUGGUUGAUAGGAUGACUAAAAGGAUUAAAAGCUGGACCAAUAAAUUGCUAUCUUAUGUUGGAAGAGCCCAACUCAUCCAGUCUAUUCUUUUUUCGAUGCAAGGUAAGAGUUUUUGGGGUAUUAAGGUGCCUAGUGAUCCCUCCUGGGUUUGGAGGAAACUAUUGUCACUUAGGGAUUUAAUUUUCCCCCUUAUCAAAUUCAAACUUGGUAAUGGAGGAAAUGUGUUCCUCUGGUAUGAUAACUGGCACCCCUUUGGUUCGCUUCUGCUUCGGUAUGGUCCUAGGAUUUUGUAUGAUACCAACCUUCCUGAUAGUUCUAAGGAAUGGAUUGCUGCCACUCCUCAUUCUCUUAAACCUUCCCUUGAUUCCCCUGAUAUUCCUGUGUGGAGCUUGACUGCUGAUGGCUCUUUUUCUAUCCACUCUGCUUGGGAAUGUUGGAGGGACAAGGGCCCAAAGGUUACUUGGUCUAAUCUUAUUUGGGGUCCUCCUGUUAUCCCUAGGGUGUCACUACUAUUUGGGCUGUUAUCCAAGCUAAAUGUAAUUCCCAUUGGCCUUCUCUGCCCUGGUUGGAACUUGUUGAGUUUGCUACUAAAUCCAUCAAUUGUAAAUCUCUGA